GAGAUGGUCCAGACCACGAUGCAACUCCAAUGCAGCAGAGGAUUGGUCAAUGGUAAGCGCCGGAGCAGCCGCCGCCUCAACAACCAACAGUUAUGGAGGCGGCAUUGAGGGUUUCCCUGGGGCUGGCUGGUGGUCUCGCCCUGCUCUUAAGGAAUUCCUGGGACUCGAACGGGACUCGAACACAAGACUCCCUGCGGCAACUGAGAGGAGGGGGGGCUAGUAGACAUUCUUUCUUUGGGUUGCAGGUCCGUUUGCUGGUCCGUCUUCGCCCGCCAUCCCGAAUACGGAGGACAUGUACUUCGUCCUUUGUCCGCGAGCGCCGUGGGCCAUACGGACAUAGUGUAGUGUAUCUGCUCGACUCAAGUCGCGAGCUGAUCCCAGAGCCCGCAGACCGCGUUGCUGGGGUGCUGACCGACCACAAGCCUAGUAGGCCAGGGCCAGGAUCAGCUAAGAAAAAAAAAAUUCCCGCCCUUGUUUGGCGAGUCGUCAUCCGUUGGGGGGCCGUAAGUAGACGCCUCGCUGAGGCUGCAAUCGGCACUGGACGGCGGUGUGUACAGAGCGCCCAGGCCGAGAAUGUCAUGAACCAGAAUGGGGGCAUGGGGGUGUGUGAUUGUCUCACCUCACAGCACGGCCUGCGUAUCGUCGCCCAGCUUUUUGCAUACCCCGAGCUCGAUGGUGUUUGAUGGAGCCAACGCAGUCCAUAGCCGAUCUACCUCGAUGCUACCGGUCCUGCAAAGGCCCUAAUUCAAUAUAUGGCCCGGCGGCGCAAGGUCCUUGUCCGCCAGACAGCCCACACUCGUCCGCCCAAAUCUCAAAUUUGCCUUCUCGCGCGUAGAAUCUGGGAUUACGAACGCCUCGUUUGGUGCUG